CCACGCCCGCCAGAAGAGACCAACCGUGGUGGACAUGAUGAGCACGCUGUCGCGUGCCCUUCUCUAGCACCCGCCAAUCUUUCCCCUCGGGACUCCUCACCCUCCACCCACGCACGCUCGCAUGCAUGCCACCGCCAAGUAUAUCUCUCGUGUCUCCUAGCCCUCCUCCUCCCCGUCCCUCUCCCCUUCUCCCCUCGCCCAACGUGUCUUCCUACACCGAACAUCUCUUCUACGCCCGCCGACCGAGCAGGGUGUCAGACGGCAACAUGCCCAGGCCCAACCCCCCGCCUACUCCAGGCUCGUCAAGCGACUUGAGAGGGAAGGAGGGUGCCAAUACGGCGCCGGUUUUCAACCUCCCUCCUACCGCCUUGCAAGACCAUGAAGUCCCAAGCUCGACUUCUACCACCCCCUCCGCCAAUGGCUCCGACUCUUCCUACCGACCUAUUUCGCCCUCAUCUCCUGCAGAAUUGACAAGGAAGAGGACAGCGUCACAGACUGGCUCGACCAUCACCAAAGAUGACUUCUCACUACCUCCUCCACCCACGAGAUCGAGGAAGAUUAUUCAGAUGAAGCCCAAAGAUACCGAACAAGACGGCCAGUCCGCGUCGCAAGCCACGCCAACUUCCCAAAACGGCGGCGGCAAGGCACAGAAUACUUCCCAGUCCGGCGGCAAGAAGUCGCGCAACACUUCAAACACCACCGCAGCAGGGCGUAAGAUCGCUCGCAAAACUGCACAUAGUCUUAUUGAGCGACGACGCAGAUCAAAGAUGAACGAGGAGUUUGGCGUGCUCAAAGACAUGAUUCCGGCGUGCAAAGGACAGGAGAUGCACAAACUCGCCAUCUUACAGGCGAGCAUUGACUACCUACGCUACUUGGAACGGUGUGUAGCAGAUCUCCAAACACAGCAUAGCUCUCCAAGACAAGCGGGUGUGGCUCCACACUCGCGCAUGGAGGAGAACGAAGAAGAAGAGGACGAUGAAGACGAGGACGAAGACGAAGAAAUGGAAGACGAGGACGACGACGACGAAGGACAACCGCAAGGCGAAACCACAGUCUCAACACCCGCCACCGCACCCCAAGACCGCUCAGCUUCGAUGAUCUCACUACCCUCACUCUCUCAAAUCACCACAACGACAACAACCACAACCACCUCACCCUCCGCCUUCUCCCUCGGCGCCGGAGCACGCCACUACUCCAUCUCCUCCGCCGCCUCGCAACCCAGCUACUCCCCCUAUUUCCACUCCAACCAAACGUCCCCCGCUUUCGGACCACAACUAUACCCCACCUCCUCCUACAGUACAGCCAAAGACCACAUCGGCCUCGGCAGCCCGGCGAUCAAACCUCUGGACUCCCAGCCGUACCCUUCUUCGCGUCACAUAAUCGACAGCAGCGGCUCCGAGGUAUCAGAGAAGCGGCGGCGGACGGACAAGGAGCUCGAUCGAGAGGCGACGGCGGCGUUGCUGAUGUUGAAUACGGAUCGACGGAAUUGGCGGGCGGGGCAGCAGGAGGGGGAGAGCGGGGGUGCAAGUCGCAGCAAUGGAGGCGGAAUGAGCGUUAGGGAUCUUCUAAGCGGAUGAUGGAUAUACUCGUGUAGGAAUAAGGAAAUCAGAUAGAAAGUGCCAAAAGCCUGUCCAUUAGCGACUCACUGCAAU